AUGUCUGAUAAUGAAGAAGCUCCUGCAUUCGACCCGUCGUUGAAGAGGAAGAAACCAAGAAGGAGUGUUACUUUUGAGGAUGGUCAGAACGGCGAAGACGAUACUAAUGGUCCAGUUUCCACUGCCGGAGCUGACGAAGAAGACCCUGUUGCCGAGGUAACGGAGCUCUUCAAGGGCCUCAAAAAGAAAAAGAAGAGUAGCAAAAAGGUAGAGGAAGAAGGCGAAGAAGCACCUGCAGCGGAGGGGGAGUUUGACCCUACAGCUCUUCUCAAGAAGAAGAAAAAGAAGAAGUCAACCAAGGAGAAGUCCGCCGAAGCCGGCGAAUUCGAGGCUCAACUUGCUGAGGCUGGUGUUGUUCCCCGCGCUGAAGGGGAGGAUGAGGCCGCCGAGCCCGCCGAAGAGAUUGCUCCUGAAGAUGCUGGCGACCUUCUGCUUGGAACAGGUGUCUGGAAUUCCAAGAGCACUGUGGACUUGACAUAUCCUCUCUUACUCACCCGAUUCUUUACUCUUCUGAGGACACAGCACCCAGACCUUACUGGCGAUGGACGAAGAAGCUACAAAAUCCCGCCGCCUCAGGUUCUCAGAGAAGGAAACAAGAAGACCAUCUUUGCAAAUAUCUCGGAUAUUUGCAAGCGUAUGAAGAGACAGGAUGAACACGUUACGCAGUUCUUAUUUGCAGAAUUGGGAACCAGUGGUAGCGUCGACGGAAGCAAGCGUCUGGUCAUUAGGGGUAAAUUCCAGCAAAAACAGCUGGAGAACGUUCUCAGACGCUAUAUCCUGGAAUACGUUACCUGCAGGACUUGCAAGUCCCCUGACACCGACCUCAAGAAGGGAGAAAACAGGUUGUUCUUCGUUACUUGCAACAGCUGUGGUUCCAGACGUUCCGUUGCUGCCAUCAAGACUGGUUUCCAGGCCACCGUUGGAAAGAGGCGAAGACAACAAGCUUAG